GUCAUUCAUCAUAUUCUGUCAUGGGCGAUUCUGGAGACGAAAUUUUGCUAGAGACUAAUGAUAAUAAGAAAGUUACAAAGGAAACUACUGGUAGUAAUCCUCCGUUGGAUAUUUCGGACGUGGUGAAGCUUGUUACAGGAGUUUUGCAGUCACAGUUUCAAAACCUUUCAGGGUGGAAGACAGUAAACGAGUAUCAGUCCAGAGAAAUUGCCGACAACUCUGACGAUGAGAAGAAAAUUAGAAGCGCUGAAAACCGAGCCCUUAGGCAGCAAAGGCAAACCCAGAACAAGCGUUUCCACCCGUAUGGCUCCUACAGAGCUUCUACAGCGUCAGCAGCGGCAGGCUCGGCAGCCCAGCUUACUUCUGGUUCUUCCUUUACUGCUACAUCUCAGCCAUAUACAUAUCAGCAGCAGCCCUUUCGUGGCAAACUCACAAGGCGUCAACCACAGCCCAGCGACAUAUGCUUCAACUGUUUUUCCACUGGACACUGGAAAACCAACUGCCCCAAAAACAAGUCACAAAGUCAAUGA